GACCAUAGCAUUCUACCCUUGGCCUGAGCUCGUUGUCAGAUCAUCUCGGCUCUUCCACCAGCAACCGUCCAACGUCAUCGGCUACAAAACAAAGCACAUCUCCAAUCCUUCUUUCUCACUAGCAAGCCAAGACAAGAAAUCAAAACUUCAACGCCAGCAUGCUUCGCACAACCUUCCGCCAGACAGCCGCCUUCCGGCCUGUUCGAUGCUUCUCUACCACUCCUCGCGUCAUGACUGAGGGAGCUACUGGUUCAGUCCGUCCCACUGGUGGUUCUGGUGAUGCCUUCCAGCGACGGGAGAAGGCCAACGAGGAUUACGCUAUCCGCCAGCGCGAGAAGGAGAAGCUCAUUGAGCUCAAGAAGAAGCUCCAGGAGCAGCAGCAGCACCUUGACCGUCUCUCCAAGCACAUGUAAGCUACCCAUGCACCAUCCGCGCAGUUGUCGGACACCCGAGUUGAGCAUACCUAACUUCAAUUCCCCUUCAGUGACGAGAUCACCCGUGAGCAGGGCGGCG